GGCAGGUCUGUCGGAAAUGAAGGGCACUAAGAAGUGUGUAGAAGGGGGUUAUGUUAAGCCAUGUGUAGUUCACUUAUGUAGGGAAUGAACAUGUAUUUGGGAUGGAAAUUGUGUUGUUUAAAAACGUGUUGCGUUUAAAGUGAAUCCAAAAGGUGAUUUAUAUAAAAAAAAAGAAAAGAAAAAAGUAACCCGAGUGUUUAUAUAGUUUUAUUAGAAAAUUACAGCUAUGAAGUCAGAUGUGGAGGAGUUAAUGCCCAGACUGUUACCCGUGGAGCCAUGUGAUGCAGAAGAUGAAGAAUUUAACUUGAACGAACCACCAAGGAAUCCGAGGGAGUACCUCAGACAGGUCCAACGAGAAGCAUCGCUGUGCCCGGACGUUGUGGUUGCUCAGAUCGAUCCGAGGAAACUGAACAAAAAACAGUCUGUAAAUGUUUCUGUGUCAGAGUGUCAUGCAGCUCCUCAGGGUUUCUCUCCCAGCCUGCAGUGGCAACAGCAACAAGUCAGCAGCUUCUCUCAGAUCCGACAGAGUGUCUCCAGACACCGGCAGCAUUGGAAAUCCCAGCUUCUGGAUGAUAAUGUCGUCAUGCCCCAAGUAGAUGAUGAAGAUGAAUGGAAGAGAUUUUGUUUAGGUGUAAAUAUUUAUCAAAAUGUUAGUGACGGAGACACACAGAGUCCGGGACUAGAUUACGUAAAGCUCGGCUUCCCUCCGUUCCUCAGCAUCGUCAGUAAGCUCACUCAGUCCACCGUCUCAGCCGUACUCGAGUACCUGAUCAACUGGUUUGAGGAGAACGACUUUGUUCCUCAGCUGGGCAGAUGGCUUUACGCUUUACUGGCAUGUCUUGACAAACCUCUUCUACCUGAAGCUCAUUCUCUCAUCAGACAGCUGGCAAGGAGAUGCUCUGCAGUGCGGGCUCAAAUGGAGAAUAAAGAUGAUGAGCGAUUAUCAGCACUGAACCUGAUGAUUUGUAUAGUAGCACGGUAUUUUGAACAAAAUGAUUUAGCUGAUAAAGAGUGAAGAGCGGAGCUGAAGAUGACACCCAAGCUUUUGGACAUGACUUUUCUUUUCUGAACACUUUUGUAUUAGUCUGUAAGGAGGGUGGAAUAAAGAGGAAUCCUUUAUAUCAUCAAGCCUUCACUGUACUUUUCUUGUCAGUAUUCUGAAUCUCAUGUAAAAAAAAAUGACUGUGGUAAAUGUCUAAAUAUUAAAACCUGAAGUUGUUCUGAAAUAAACUACCUUACAUUACA